AUGCGCGUAUCGUCGCCGUUCCUCAGGGCUCUUGCGUCGCCGCAUAGCCCGUUCGCCUCCGCAAUCAUCGCUUCCGCGCCUGCUCUCCGCCCCCCCGCGCCCUUUUUCCGCCCGUCCGCGCCCUUUCUCCGCCCCUCCGCCGCGCCCGCCGUUUCCGCCUUCCACGGCAUUCCGCCAGCUCGCGCCGCGGCGAGUCUUGCAAUAGCCGCCGCAACACCCGCCACAAUGAUUAGUUUGCAAGAAGAGAAGAUUGCACUGGCACGGGCUCAUGCAAACUUUGGGUGGGUCAUUCUCCCUCCUUUCCAUCCCCUUCUCACUGCAGCACCACCAGAAAUGCAGGGACGUGACAUUCGCAACGGGCACAGACUUGCACGGGGAGGAGAUUGCUCUGAGCCUCUGGCACUGCACACCUUGACCCAUUCUCCUUCCCUCCCCCCCCACCCCAACACCCCCUUCCCACUGCAGCGGCUGCAAGGCAAGGAGGUGACGUUCGUGACGGGCACGGACGAGCAUGGGGAGAAGAUCGCCCUGGCGGCGGCUAAGAAUGGGCGCACGCCGCAAGAGCACUGCGAUGCUGUGGCUGCGGAGUACAAACAGCUGUGGAGCAAGCUGGACAUCGCUUACGAUCGGUUCAUCCGCACCACCUCGCCCCGCCACGAAGCUGUGGUGCGGCAGUUUUAUGAUCGAGUCAAGGCACGGGGGGAUGUGUACCGCGCGCAGUAUGAAGGGCGCUACUGCAUUGCGUGUGAAGAGUAUAAGGACGAGAAGGAGUUGGUGGAUGGUACCACGUGUCCCACGCACUUAACACCCUGCGAGCAUCGCAGCGAGGACAACCUCUUCUUUGCGCUCUCCUCGCACCAGCACGACCUGGAGAAGAUUUUCCAAGACAGACCCGAUUUCGUGCAGCCAAGCUUCAGAAAGAACGAGGUGCUGGCGUGGGUGGCGGAGGGAGCGAGGGAUUUCAGCAUCAGCCGGGCGGCAGUAGCAUGGGGUAUCCCUGUUCCAGAUGUGCCAGAGCAGACUAUCUACGUGUGGUUCGACGCUCUUCUGGGGUACAUCUCAGCGCUGUUGGAGGAGGGCGACGAGCCAAGCCUGGACACGGCAGUCUCAAGGGGAUGGCCUGCGUCUGUUCACAUCAUUGGCAAGGACAUUCUGCGAUUCCACGCGGUCUACUGGCCAGCCAUGCUCAUGUCUGCCGGCCUGCCAACCCCCACCACUGUCUUUGGCCACGGGUUCCUCACCAAGGACGGGCAUAAGAUGGGCAAGUCCCUAGGGAAUACCAUUGACCCAGACGAGCUGGUAACCACCUUCGGAGCGGACGCGGUGCGAUACUUCUUCCUGCGGGAGAUCGAAUUCGGCAGCGAUGGGGACUUCUCUAAAGAGCGAUUCGUUAACAUCGUCAAUGCCAACCUUGCAAACACCAUUGGCAAUCUGGUGAAUCGCACGCUGGGCCUUCUCAAGAAGAACUGCAACAGCACGCUCAGCAUCGACUCGGCUGCUUUGCCCCUCGACCACCCUCUCCGCACCACCACUGCUACUUCUAUGGAAACAGCAGCAGCAUGCUAUGUUGCUCUGGACUUCAGCGGAGCAUGUGAGGCGAUUCUGGCGCCUGCAGCAGCGGGGAACGGGUUUCUGGAGGAGAGAGCACCGUGGAGCAGGUUUAAACGGGGCGGGGCGGAAGCAGAAGAGGCUGCUACGGACCUAGUAGCAGUGUUGGAGACGGCUCGCUGUGUGGCUGUGGCUCUCUCCCCCAUCACUCCCACGCUUGCCCGCAGCAUCUACACGCAGCUGGGCUUCACUGCUGAGCAAUUCUCUGCCAUCCAAUGGGCUGACACGCAUUGGGGUGGGCUGAAUGCAGGGCAGCAAACAGCAGAGCCAGCGCCUGUAUUCGCAAGGAUAGAGCAGGAGGAGGAGGGGUGCGAGCUGAUGUGGUGGAAUGUGCAUUGGUCUCUAUGGGUGGAGUAG